UCCUCCAUGCUGUUUUCAUGACAGACAUAUGGGCAGGAAGCACUGUCAUGCUUUCUGUCUGUGAAGUCAAGGGCCAUGCCUCACUGAUUACAAAUGGCUUGGGCCCUGAUGACCUGCUCUGAAUCUACUUUCAGCCAGUGACACUUGCAAAAAAAAAAAAAAGAAGAAGAAGAAAGAAAAAGAAAAAUCCAAAAGCCGUCUUAGGGUCGGCUUCCACAGCUCUUGACCCAUGUGGUCAAAGCUGGAUAGCUCCUUGGGACACUCAGAUUCUUCAUAAAUGCAGCAUCCCCCAACCCUCCCUAAAUAGCAUCUGAAGUCUCCAGGAAGGUCAUGGAUCCUGAACAAAGUGUCAAGGGUACCAAGAAGGUGGAGGGAAGUCCCCGGAAGCGGCUGACUAAAGGAGAAGCUGUUCAGACCAGUGUCUCCUCCAGCACCCCCUACGCAAGCAGUAGCACAUCUGCCACCCAGGAGAGCACCUCCCAAGAGCUCCUAGCCCCGCAGCCCUUUCCGGGCCCCUCAUCAGUUCUUAGAGAAGGCUCUCAGGAGAAAAUGGGCCAACAGCAAAAGCCCCCCAGAAGGCCCUCCAUCGAGGCCUCUGUCCACAUCUCUCAGCUUCCACAGCACCCCCUGACACCAGCGUUCCUGUCACCCGGAAAACCUGAGCAUCUCCUAGAAGGGUCUACGUGGCAACUGGUCGACCCCAUGAGACCUGGCCCUUCAGGUUCCUUUGUGACUCCUGGGCUCCAUCCACAGAGCCAGCUCCUCCCUUCCCAUGCCUCCAUCCUUCCCCCUGAGGAACUACCUGGCAUCCCCAAGGUCUUUGUACCCAGACCUUCCCAGGUCACCCUGAAGACUACAGAAGAAGCCCACAAGAAAGAGAGGAAACCCCAGAAACCAGGCAAGUACAUCUGCCAGUACUGCAGCCGGCCCUGCGCCAAGCCCAGUGUGCUACAGAAACACAUCCGCUCACACACAGGCGAGAGGCCCUACCCCUGCGGCCCCUGCGGCUUCUCCUUUAAGACCAAGAGCAACCUCUACAAGCACAGGAAGUCUCAUGCCCAUCGCAUCAAAGCGGGCCUGGCGUCAGGUUCUGGCAGUGAGCUGUAUCCUCCGGGGUUGGAGAUGGAGAGGAUCCCUGGGGAGGAAUUUGAGGAACCCACCGAGGGAGAAAGCACAGACUCUGAUGAAGAAACUGCCACCACAUCUGGUCCCCCUACAGAGGCCUCCCCCAGACCUAAGCACCCUCUUCUAUCCAGCAGCUUGUACAGCUCUGGGAGUCACAGUUCCAGUCAUGAACGCUGCUCCCUGUCCCAGUCCAGCAUGGCAACAUCAUUGGAGGACCCCACCCCAUUUGUGGAACCCUCAUCCGAACAUCCCCUGAGCCAUAAACCCGAAGACACCCACACAAUUAAGCAGAAGCUGGCCCUGCGUCUGAGUGAAAGGAAGAAAGUAAUUGAUGAGCAAGCAUUUCUGAGCCCGGGCAGCAAAGGCAGUACUGAAUCUGGGUACUUCUCCCGCUCUGAGAGUGCUGAACAACAAGUCAGUCCCCCAAACACCAAUGCUAAGUCCUAUGCGGAGAUCAUUUUUGGCAAGUGUGGGAGGAUCGGGCAGCGAACCACCAUGCUGACAGCCACUUCCACCCAGCCCCUGCUGCCCCUGUCUGCAGAAGAUAAGCCCAGCCUGGUGCCUUUGUCUGUGCCCCGGACACAGGUGAUUGAGCACAUCACAAAACUCAUCACCAUCAAUGAGGCUGUGGUGGACACCAGUGAGAUUGACAGUGUGAAGCCCAGGAGGAGCUCUCUGACCAGGCGCAGUAGCAUGGAGUCCCCUAAAUCCAGUCUCUACCGGGACCCCCUGUCAUCCCACGGUGAGAAGACAAAGCCGGAACAAUCACUACUAAGCCUCCAGCACCCACCCAGCACCACCCCCCCUGUGCCUCUGCUUAGAAGCCACUCAAUGCCUUCCGCUGCCUGUACCAUCAGCACCCCCCAUCACACUUUCCGCGGUAGCUACUCCUUUGAUGACCACAUCACCGAUUCCCAGGCUCCAAGCCACAGCAGUCCGGUGUUUACCUCCCAUCCCCGGAUGCUGAAGCGCCAGCCGGCCAUUGAACUACCUUUGGGAGGUGAGUACAGUUCAGAGGAGCCCGGACCAAGCAGCAAAGAUGCAGCCUCCAAGCCCUCAGAGGAACCAGAACUCAAGGAAAGUGAACUGACCAAAAAGACCAAGAAGGGAUCAAAGCCAAAAGGGAUGACCUAUGAAUGCACCAUCUGUGGCGCUCGGUACAAGAAGAAGGACAAUUACGAAGCCCAUAAAAAGUACUACUGCUCGGAGCUCCAGAUCACAAAGCCUCUCUCUGCAGGUGCCCGUGCCUCUCCAGAAGCUGAAAAGGGUCAAGCAGAGCAUGAGCCAUGGUCCCAGAUGAUGCAUUAUAAACUGGGGGCCACCUUGGAACUCACCCCACUGAGGAAGAGAAGAAAAGAGAAGAGCCUUGGGGAUGAGGAAGAACCACCCGCGUUUGAGUUGACCAAAAGUCAGUUUAGCAGCCCUGGACCAUCUGACACUGCUCGGAACCUCCCCAUGGAGCCCACCAAGUCACCAGCAGAGCCAAGUAAAUCACUGGAGGGAACCACAAGCUUCCAGCCAAGGACUCCCAAGCCAGGAUCUGGGUCAGAAUCAGGGAAGGAAAGGAGAACAACAUCCAAAGAGAUUUCUGUCAUCCAGCAUACCAGCUCCUUUGAGAAAUCCGACCCUCUCGAGCAGUCCAGUGGCCUAGAAGGGGAAGACAAGCCCUUGGCCCAGUUCUCAACCCUGCCACCUGCCCCGCCAGGACGUCCAGCUCACUCCCUGCAGCCUAGGUUAGUACGCCAGCCCAAUAUUCAAGUCCCUGAGAUCCUGGUGAGUGAGGAGCCUGACCGACCAGACACAGAGCCCGAGCCACCCCCAAAGGAACCUGAAAAGACAGAGGAGUUUCAGUGGCCCCAGCGCAGCCAGACGCUCGCCCAGCUCCCUGCCGAGAAGCUGCCUCCCAAGAAGAAGAGGCUGCGCCUAGCAGAGAUGGCCCAGUCAUCGGGGGAGUCUAGCUUUGAGUCAUCUGUGCCUCUGUCUCGCAGUCCCAGCCAGGAAAGCAGUAUCUCUCUGAGUGGCUCCAGCCGCUCAGCCUCGUUUGACAGGGAGGACCAUGGGAAAGUCGAGGUCCCUGGGCCCUCAUCCGAAGUCCGCUCCAAACCCACGGGCACCCACAUGCUGACUGUCCCCAGCCACCACCCGCAUGCCCGAGAGAUGCGGAGGUCAGCCUCAGAGCAGAGCCCCAACGUGUCCCAUUCUACACAAAUGACUGAGGCACGCAGCAAAUCCUUUGACUACGGCAGCUUGUCUUUGGCAGGCCCGGCUGCAGCAACGCCAGCUGCUCCACCAACCCCAGCAGCCCCACCUGAGAGAAGAAAAUGCUUUUUGGUGAGGCAGGCGUCUCUGAGCCGGCCUCCAGAAGCUGAGCUAGAGGCCACCCCUAAGGGAAGGCAGGAAAGCGAGGAGCCACAGCCCUCUUCCUCCAAAUCUUCGGCCAAAAGCUCAGUGCCCCAGAUCUCCUUGGCAGUCACCUCGCACACUGGGCACCCAGGAAGCAAGAGCCAGGUGCAGGACAGGCCCCCACUGGGGUCCACCCCACCCUACACAGAAGCCCUGCAGGUGUUCCAUACCCCUGUCGCCCAGCUGCCCCUGCAGGAGAAGCCAUACUUGCCCCCACCCGUCUCCCUCUUCUCCUUCCAGCAUCUCCUGCAGCAUGAACCCGGACAGUCUUCAGACUUCAUGGCCACCCAGGCCAUGGCAGGCCUCCUCUCCUCCCCAUACUCCAUGCCCCCACUCCCUCCUUCUGUAUUUCAAGCCCCACCGCUUCCUCUUCAACCUACUGUCCUGCACCCCAGCCAGCUCCAUCUUCCCCAGCUUCUGCCUCACCCGGCCAGUAUCCCCUUCCGACAGCCCCCCUCAUUCCUCCCCAUGCCACACCCUGCUUCCUCCGCACUCUCUUCCGGGUUUUACCUGCCUGUGCCGUCCCCGUUUGCACUGCAGCUCCCUGGGGAGGUGGAAAGCCAUCUGCCCCCAAUCAAAACUAGCCCGGCCCCACUGGCAACAGGACCUUCUGGCCCCUCCAGCAGCACUGAGUUCAGCAGCAACAUCCGGCUGCCCCCUGUGGCUCCUCUGACCAGCUCCCCAGAGCCCACCGCGGCCCUUCCACCCGCUCUGCCUGCUUGUGUGGACUCCGGGGCGUCCCUGGUGGUGCCUGUCCGAAUCCAGACCAACAUGCCGUCCUAUGGGCGUGCAAUGUACACCACUCUUUCUCAGACCUUAGUGACCCAGUCCCCAGGCAGCUCAGUAAGCGUGGGUCUUCCCAAGUGUGAGGAGCUGCCAGCCGCAGGGACGGCUGUGUGCGGAACAGACGUGUACGACACCAGGCUCGGACCAUCUGGGCUAAGCGAAGAGCAAAGCAGAAGUUUCCAGACUCCAUACCUGAGAGUACCUGCGGCAUUCCCUGAAAGAAAAGGCACCUCCUCCUCCUCGGAGGGGGUCUCGAGCCUGGAGGGAAGCUCAUCAACAGCUGGGGGAAGCAAGCGCGUUCUCUCCCCAGCUGGCAGCCUUGAGCUCACCAUGGAAACCCAGCAGCAGAAAAGGGUAAAGGAAGAGGAGGCUUCCAAGGUCCACGAGAAACUAGAGCUGGUGAAACCAUGCAGUGUAGUGCUGACCAGCCCUGAGGAUGGCAAGAGGCCAGAGAAAUCCCACCAAGUCAGCCAGGGCCUGGGCAGGAGAGAGCCAGAAGCAUUGUCCAGCCUGUCCUCUGAUCCAUCAGACCCAGAAGUUCCUCCUCUCUCUCAUCAUCCCACAUUGCCCCAUGGGACAGCCUCAAGCUCAGAAGCUUUGAAGGACUAUGCCCAGUCAUCUGGAAAACCUCACCGAAGAGGGCUUUGCCCACUAAGCAUGAAGCAAGAAGAUUCCAAGGAACAGCUCGACCUCCCUCCCUUGGCACCUCCCAGCUCUCUGUCUCUGUCAGAAAUAUCCUCCAGAACAGCCAAGUCACAAGAAGGUACGGACUCAAAGAAGGUACUUCAGUUCCCCAGCCUCCACACGACCACUAAUGUCAGUUGGUGCUAUCUAAACUAUAUUAAGCCAAAUCACAUCCAGCAUGCAGAUAGGAGGUCCUCUGUUUACGCUGGUUGGUGCAUAAGUUUGUACAACCCCAACCUUCCAGGGGUUUCCACUAAAGCUGCUUUGUCCCUCCUGAGGUCUAAGCAGAAGGUGAGCAAAGAGACAUACACCAUGGCCACAGCUCCACAUCCUGAGUCAGGAAGGCUCGUACCAGCCAGCUCUCACAAGCCACGCAUGACAGAGGUGCACCUCUCGUCACUGGUUUCCCCAGAAGGCCAGAAAGACAUAACUAGAGUGGAGAAAGAAGAGGAGAAGCGAGGGAAGCCGGAAGAGGAUGCUCCUGCCUCCAAGAGAGGGGAGCCGGCGAGGAUCAAAAUCUUCGAAGGAGGGUACAAAUCAAACGAAGAGUAUGUUUAUGUGCGAGGCCGUGGCCGAGGGAAAUAUGUUUGUGAGGAGUGUGGAAUUCGCUGCAAGAAGCCCAGCAUGCUGAAGAAACACAUCCGCACCCACACUGACGUCCGGCCCUAUGUGUGCAAGCACUGUCACUUUGCUUUUAAAACCAAAGGGAAUCUGACUAAGCACAUGAAGUCGAAAGCCCACAGCAAAAAGUGCCAAGAGACAGGGGUGCUGGAGGAGCUGGAAGCCGGAGAAGGAACCAGUGAUGACAUGUUCCAGGACUCAGAAGGGCGAGAGGGCUCCGAGGCUGUGGAGGAGCACCAGUUUUCAGACCUGGAGGACUCAGACUUGGACUCAGAUGCAGAUCUGGAUGAAGACGAGGAGGAGGAUGAGGAGGAAAGCGAGGAGGAGUCAUCCAGGCCAUCCUCAGAGGCUCCCCCACUGGGCCUGCCAGCCACACUGCAGGAAGAUUCCUCACCUGCUCAGGGCCCUCCGGCCUCCGAUGCCACCUCUGAUAACAAGGCCACCAGAGACAGCUCCGUCUCAGAAGCUGAAAACUUGACAGCCAGCAGUUGCUCCACAUCCAGCCAGAGCAUCCCAGGCCUUUCUCGGCUGGGACUAGCCCCGCUGGGUCCUGGGGAAAAAGAUACAGGCUCAGCUUUGAGCUCCAAGACUGUGUCCCCUCCAAGGUCGUGGUCCCCAAGCAAAGAAGUAGGCAGCCAGCCACCGCUCACUCGCAAACACUCACUCACCAAAAUCGACUCGUCUCCCCAGAGAUGUUCACCAGAACUGCAGACUUCAGUUACAAGCACGCCUGGACCCCCAGUGGGCCCAGGAAGGGACAAGGGCCCUCCUCCUUGUGGGUCCCCAAGACUGGAUUUGUCUUCUCCCACUCUACGCCCCCCCUUCCUUCGAGCACAUCUGCCCCCCAGACUCGAGGGUGCCAUAGACCCAGGCACCCCCAGAUACUCACCCACCAGGAGAUGGUCUCCAGAUCAGGCUGAGUCACCACCAUGGUCAGCGCUGCCAGAGAAGUGGGCUCUGUCUGUGCCGAGCAGCCCCUCAGCCAGCAGGCGUGGCCCAGGCUUGGGGCCAGCUCCGCGGGCUCUCUUUCAGCCUGCACUCCUACCUCACAAGCUUCUCGGCAGAAACCCGGAGACCUGCGUCUCCACGUGGCAGAAGGCUGAGUCUCCAAGUGCAUCCUGCUCACCUGGUCCUGCUCAUCCUUUCUCCUCCCAACCCUUCUUGGUGCCCCAUGACUUCCACAGCCACAGCCCAGCUCAGACAGAGAACAUCUUCAGCCACCUGCCUCUGCACUCCCAGCACCUGUCCCGAGCCCCGUGCCCCUUGAUUCCCAUUGGUGGGAUCCAGAUGGUGCAGGCCCGCCCAGGGAUCCACCCUGCCCUGCUGCCAGGGCCCUCCACAGCCUGGGUCAGUGGCUUCUCAGGAGGUGGCAGUGACCUGACAGGGGCCCGGGAGGCCCAGGAGCGAGGACGCUGGAGCCCCACCGGAAGCUCAUCAGCCUCCGUGUCCCCUGUGGCUAAGGUUUCCAAGUUCACCCUCUCCUCGGAGCUGGAGAGCAGAGAUGACCCCAAGGAGAAGGAGAAGAUGGGAAGAGGCCCUGGAAGACCUCCUGACUGGGAGCCCCGUAGGGCUGAGUCACCCUCAGAUCCCAUGCCCAUACACAGCCCCUGCACCCCACAGCUACCCCAGGGCCACCAAGUGGCCCAGUCUUGGAGUCCUCACUUGGAGUCACUGCCCAUAUUGGCCAACCCCGCAGACUCUGCCUCUCCACCACUGGACCGCAGCAGCUCCAUGGGCUGCCUGGCAGAUGCCUCUGCUCGCUUCACAGCCCGGAGGAGAAACCUCUCUGGGGAACCCAGGACCAGGCAAGAUUCCCCUGAGCCCCCAGGUAGUGGGGGGCCCAGGGUACCUCCACCCCCGCCAGAGGACAGAGGCCCCCUGAGCACUUAGCCUCUCUCCAACCGCUUCCAGUGCUUGGCAACAGACGUUUUCCAUCCAACUUCCUCGAGUCACCUUGCUCCCAUGGGCUCCCUUCCCAUCUGUCCAUCCGUCUAUGUGGCUUCUGCUCAGCCCUCCAUCUGUUAUAUCUUCCAUGUAUGCAGUUACCUGUGCCUUUUUCUAGACCUUUUGUUGCUUGAAAAGAAAAAUCACACACAUACAUCUAAGAGAGAGAGAGAGACCCAUGAGGAUUUUGAGGUUGUGAAGCAUCUGUCCCCU